AUGCAACAAUUCCUCCAUAGUCAAGAAACUCCCUAUAUCCUGAGUGAACCCGAUUCGACGAGUGAGUCAGUAGCUUUGUUUCCUGUUUGAAAGUCUGCUUGCAUCCAUUUAUAAGAUGGCGUCCCAACGGUCAUGCUCUUUAAUUUUGGGAGUUAAGCAUUCUUCGUAUCCGGAGGCCGCAUCUUCUAAGUCAAUCAAAUAAAUGGUCUGCAACUAUGUUUGUCAGGGCCCGAACUGUCUGAAGGGUUAAACUUAGAAGUUCUGUCCUAUCUUCUGAAGAGCCCGCUACAAAAAGUUAAAAACACGUGUUAUACCUCUGGAGUAGUUGAAUCCUUCCGUACUAACUGGCCGGUUUGGGAAAGUGAGACUUUUUCAUCUGAAAACUACCUUUGUUGAAUAACCGCAAAGUACUAAAUAAGGUUUGCUUCAAAGUUAACUCAUUUUUGUCUUCAUUGGUCCGUUACUGGUUUUGCUAACUGAAGUGAACCAAAUCUCGAUGAAAGGAUUCCAAGUUCAAUGUCGCCACAGGUAUUGCGAAAUCUUCCUGCAACCUGAGAGUUUACAUUUUACCCAUGACGGGGACGUCCUAAGCAAGAUAUUAAAAUUUACUUCAAAAUAUAUACGGGCGUUUCGCUCAAGCUUUGUCGUCUGAGCAGGAGUUUCGUUUUUAUGAAUCAUUUCCUAACCGGCAUGCAGAAGGUGGACUAGAGGAGAUCCUUUCUUUACUUAGCUAUCACGACUAUAUUGGAAGUGGGCUCGAUGGAAGAUAAGAAUGCACGAAUUUCUCUUCACGUAAGAGACUGGUCCAAAUCAGCUAAAUCCAGGCAAACAUCCACGCUAACAUUCGGAUAUCAGAUCUGGUAAUUUCAUUUGCCAUAAGUGCCCUAGGCAGUCAGUGCAAGGACCGAAUCAAAAGAAAAUAUAUAGCUCCUUCGUAAAAUGUUGUCCAGAAGUGCAAUGGAGAAUAAAACAAUUUCUUAUUUGUCAGUGGAACGAACUUCCCGCGAGCGUCAAUGCAGGCAUACCUCUCGACAAUUCCGCAAUAUGAUCCAAAAUGUUGAAAAGUGAACUACCUUCAUAUGACAGGAUCAUAACCAUUCGGUCGGCCGUCAUACCCAGUUUCGCAGCACAUAUUUAUAACUAAAAUUCCCUGCUUCUCGCAGUCCGUCAUAUGGAAUGCUCUAAUUGACGGAAUAAAUAUGUUCACCUGAGCUCCCCUGGCGUUUCCAAACCAUCUAGUUUAUUGCGAUUUAGGGGGUCUGUGCAUUGAAAUUGGAAAGUACACUGCAGUCCGCGAUACAACAAAGAACUCAUGCAAAGUCCAAGUUAAGCAAAGCUACCGCACUUGCUACACUUACAAUUGGUAAACAUUCUACACUUGCAUCGAGUAACAACUGGACAUUCUGUGUCGAAAUCUUCAUCUGCUCUGAGAUGGGGUUGUGCUAUUUUCGGGCGAUGGUACCUAGUAAUCUAGUCUAAUUUAUCCUUGAAGUGCCGCAGACUUAUGACACUGUCACCCGAACCAAUUUUUGUUUCAUUUCAAGUUGGUAUCAGUGUGCGUGUUACAUUGUGCAUAUUUAGAAGCAAAGAAAGCGGUUCAACCACCUCGGACAGGCGCGUAAUUUAGACUGUCAACUUUUUGAAAUCAUCGCAUAUGCGGCAGAGUUUUAAAACUUCCUAUGGGUCUCACGCUUUGGCCAGUUUUGUCAAGUAUGUAUAUUAAGAAACGGCCUUCUUUAAUAAGAGCAGUUAUUACCAAACAAUUGGAAGGGCGUCAGCAUUGACGUGUAUCUAUUUCUCAUUUUCCAAUCAGGUCUUGGCAUAGCUUCUCUGUCAGAAUUUGUGAGAAUUCUUACCACAAGCAUUCGUAAAAGGGGAGUUGCAGAAAGAUUCUUUCUCGAUCUUAAAAAAGUAUCGACAUGGCAGACCAUCCAGUAUCCUCAAGUUAAACUCUCCACCUCCUCUAUACGCAGAAGUGAAUUGAAUCCUUACAAGAUAACCUGUUUUUCCAUGUGGUCGUUGAUGGUGGUACGGCAGAUUUCAUUCCAGUCCACGGUGGUGUUUCGCAAAGUUGUGUACCAAAGCAGCUAUAUUUCCUCACUUACCGCCGCCAUACACUCAUCCACAAAGACCUAUCUAAUGUUUGACCGAUAAACAGGAUCAGAGUGGACUGGCCGAAACCCCACCUCCCGACUGGAGAUAGGAUAUCCCCUGGAGCUUUCUCCGCUGUCGAUCUAGGAAGGAUUUCUCACGCGAAUCCGUUAACUGCCAGCUAGUGUUUGUGGGUUGCAGUACAAGUUUCCAAAAUAUCAUCCAGUUAUAUUUCCACGCCCCUGAAAAACUCUCUGGGCCAUAAAUCAGACACUGUUGACUGGUCUGGUAUUCAUACUUUGUAAGUGAAAUGGGGCUCCGAAAAAUUUAACUGCUAGAUAGAUGGGCCGUGGGUGCGCCAUCCAAUUUGCCAGUUAAGACAGGUCCCGAGAGUUUUUCGUUCCCAACCCUCCGAUUCCGUUGCCCGUGCUCUGAUUUCACUGGGACAUACAACAUAAUUAAUGGACCAGAUAGUAUUGGUAUCGAUUCCUCUAUCCAGCCUUGUCGCACCCAAAAUCUUCGAGUUCAUACUUAGAGGUUAUACAAAUCCGACUUGAGGUGACAGGCUGCGCAGUUUUUUCAAUUAGCUGGCCAACAGGCCAUAAAGUAACUUGCCGCACGAUUCCUUUUUGAGAUGUUACUCUGCUUCUUCUGUGAGUCCACCUUCUGCGCUCUCAAACGAGGCGGUAGCUGCCGUAUAUAUCAGGCACUUGUUCAUGUCUCUCAUCCUGCUUUUUGUUAUCGGGCCUAGGAAACGUACUCUUUAUUUUCCGUCAUUUAAUGUUAUAUAUUUAUUGUUUAUGCACUGCCAGCCAAGCAGCCCUGUUAGGCUGGUUGCUUCGAAUGUUUCCUCUUUUGGAUUGCGUUUUCGUGUGUUUUGCCUAGCUCGAUUUAGCACAUCUGUUUAUGCUUAUUUGCUGUCUCUCCAUGCUGUCCCGCUGUUCCUGUUACAUUUUCGUCGAUAACAAACCCCAGUCCCUUGCUGGUGAGGACGUUAUAAAGCCCAUUUACUGUUCUAACCCUAGCAGACCAUUGUUACGAAGGUAGCAAACGAUUAGUGCGGCCUUCUGCAAGUCAAAUGACUACAUGUGACACUGUCAGACUUGCCUAUAGUGCUGCUGUCAGGUAAAACUCCCAUUAUGUGUUAAUUCAAUAUACUAUUUCAAAGAGCAGGCGUGUUUAGGAAUUCGUGUGCCCACCUGCGGGGUAAACAACCUGCAUCGAGCCGCUUUGAUUGAAGACUGGUAAAUAUUACCCCACUCCUCUGCAGUUUAUUUAUUUCUGGCAGUUUUAUCGCGUGUGGAAUAUCAUGUCAAAAAGAUGUAAUAGCCGAGUUGUGAGAGUGAAUCGUUGAACAAUAUUUUAAAAUUUGCGACAGACAAUGUGGUUCUCUAAGAUAAGCGUAACGCCCCAUGCCACAGCUUUAUUCUAUCAAGAUAUAUGGCGCACAGUCUCGGCAGUAUUUGCUGUCUAAUGCCCAUGAAAGGUACUGCACUGAUAAAGGAGAGUGAAUGCAGAUCUUCCUUCUCCUGAACCCCUCACAGCAUUCAGCCAUUGAGUCGUUAGUUGACUUGCACAAAAGGGGAUGCCACUCCCUGUGAAGUUGUCACUAACACUAACUGGCACGUGAGAUCGAAACCAAACCUCACGCGGACGUUGGUUUAUGAAUGCGUCAAAAGCCGUUGGGUUAUGGUGAAGUUUUAGCUGAAUUAAACUCGGUCUCCGUUGAACGGCACUUUGUGUGAGGGUGCCGGAUCAUUAUGAGAAGAUUGCUUUCCUGUUUGAAUUUAAGAAAGCAAGGUCAGUGAAACAAAGGAACGGGAAGUUUACGAAAGUUAAAUCUCGUUAGUUUUCAUUCGCAAGUUUUGUACACAUGUGGAUCCGACUAUGGGUAGAAAUAACUGGAGAAAAUGGUUACAUUUGUCAUUGUAAACACAGUACGGAGACGGCAAUUCUUUACGUUCAAUUAGUUCCACGUCCUCGUGUGGGACCACCGAAAAUUUUCAUGAACAAGAUAAGCUGCAGUGACAAAAUAUAUCCAGACAGUAUACUUCCCCUUGUUAAGAGGAGACGUUUUAAAUUUCAGAGUUCUAAUAAAUGCACACAAUUUCGCACCCCAGUUGAGAUGGGCAGACUGUAUGUAAAUGAUCGCCGUUUCCAUUUCUCUGACAGUGCUUGAGACAGGGUUUCAAGGCGAACUCUGCUGACUAAAGUGAGAAGACUUUUUUGGUCGGAAACCUUGUUUUUCGUGCUAUCAUUUCAUCAACAGAAACAAUAGUAUUAUGGGUUACCUAAAAGGGUCAGUUUACUUACACAGGAUAAGAAGGAUGAAAAACAUCGAACGGGCUUAUAUGAAUAGCGAAUGAGGGUUUAUGUGGGGAUGAACUAUUUGACUUCUUGAAAGUUACCGACAGGGCAAGCGAGGCUGGGACAACUCUUUCUGGCCUGCCUGCAUUUAUCAGGCAACCACUUGAGCUGUCUAGUUCUUGGGCAUUGCAGUCAAACUCCGUGAUCCUGAGUAGCGGGCCCAUUGCAUGGAAGUGACAUUCGCAGACAUUUCCUGAUCGUAGAAAAGAACACAGAUGGUGACGACAAAUGGGUCGGGACGACCAUCCAAGUCUUUGUCUUGUUGACUCGUCGGUUGCUGUCGUUAUGUGACCACCCGCGAGGGUUCUAAAUCGGGUCUCUACGGUAAACCGCAGUCCUCUGUCUUUCGCCCUGUAGUCCGAAUAGAUUGAUGCAGAUCACCUUCAUGUUAGUCCAUUUCGCUUCGACGAGAUCUUUUGGAUCCCAAAGUUCCUAAAAAUAGAAGCUUCAGAGAUAAAGCUGUAUUUUAUACUAAAGUUGGGUUAUAAAUCACUUUCGAGGUCAAAUGUGUAUUAAGAGGCAACUUCCUUUUGAUUAUUUCAGUCUGUCGCCUGCCCACCAGCCUCAGACCAACACUAGAACCGGUAACGUGGAACUGUUCGCAAUCUGGGUUGAAUUUCAGAAUGGCUGCAGGAUCACUGCGCGAAGCAGUUGACUUGUCUGUUCAGUCAGCUAAAAACACUUCGGGCAGUCAUGUUUCGACACCUCGUUCAAUUCAACCAUCAACUUUACCACUCUCUACACUUGUCCCACUUCCUUGUGCACGCGAGACCUUGGCAGGGACUUCCUUCUCUGUGGAAGAAAGCGCCCAAUACCAGCGUGUGGCUUUGGCACCGGAAAUUCCCACAGAAUGCACCUUCCUAUCUGAAGGAAUUAAUAGUCUCUCGGGAGCCCUAGGCAAGGCACAAAAAAGAUUGCAGCCUUCUGCCGAAGAGGCCCACAAAACGUCUCCGGUGACGACUAUAACCCACCAAAGUUUGGUCUCAAAAGUCUCCCCCUCAACUUCCGAGUGGAUUGCCGAAGGUGAGUUUCGUGCCCAGCUUUACCAUAUACUUACUUUCCCCUCAGUUUGACUGGGUAGUUUUGCAUGAAUAUGUAGACGAUAUCUGUGAGACUUACAGGUCUUAUUUAAUUCUUCCCCUCAUAAAAAGCAAACAAGGAGGAGUGGCAAAGCCCGGACCGCACAACGACCGUCCGGCCCGACUUUCACAAACGCAGCCGUCUGGAUUGUCUGGACCGGCUCGAAGGCAACCACGGGUCCGGUAGUCUCCCCAAAGUCACUUCAGACAGUCGUACGCUUUUUGAGGAAACGGUAUCAUGCUCGAGCGACGAGACUGGACUCACAUCGACCACCCUCCAAUCGCCAUGGCAACGAGCCUUUAGACCGACGGGUGGCGGAAGCAGCAAUAGCAGGCGGCUGAUGACAGCUCAGCGCAGGGCGGGCAUUUCAUCUCGAGCUGUUGAAGAGACCCCAGCGAAACUAAUGGCCUGCUCACUAAGGGGAUUCUUGCCGGCACCGCCUCCACUAGUCACGACCCUGGGUUGCCCCGUCUCCUCACAAACGCACCUGACUACGCAGAGUCAGGGCUUCGAUUUUCGCAGCUUCAUCAGUUCAGUCUUUCUCGCCCAGUGUAUGGAAGGUCUGUCGGCUGGUGCCCUCGCCACGACGGCUGUUUGUCAGCAUGAACCAAGUAGUUUAAUCAGGCGGUUCGGUGAUGAAGCUGGCCAGACUCCCACGUCCCAGAGUGAAGUCUCUCCGUUAACAGACUAUAAGGAGUGGCAGGGGUCACCUUGUGAGAUGAAUACAGUCCGGAUAUCUACUGACAGUGUUGUCCCGACCUACCGGUGUGUCUUUUGUCCAAAACAGUUUAAUACACAACACGGUCUGGUGGUCCACGCGCGAAGGUUAGUUCUAACUCUGAUUUCUGGUCUGUAUUCUACUUGUUUGUAUAGAGGGUGAGGCCUCCGAUAGUGUUUACUAGACAAGGGAGUGUAAUAACAGGCCUCUAUUCGCAAUAAGAAAGGGACCGUCUAAGUGGAGCUGAAUAACAACUUUGACGACUGGAAGAUCAUGCUUUAGCCCUGUUUCUUACCCAGUAAGCAGAUUAAUGCGUUCAUUUGUGCAGGGCCACCAAGGAGGUCUAAUCCUUAGCACUCCCUUACAAUGCCUGGAUAACCCUGAAGCCGGAUAGUCCGGUCGUCCAUGCAAGCGUAUCAUAGAACUAGCACAGUUGUGAAUAGUUUUAAUUUGCUCUGAGUUGGGACAUUCUACAAAGUAUGUUAAUGACCCUGGAUCCCUCGUGAUUGAGCCGUAAAAAUUGGGAAUGGCUAUGACGCCCGAUGGUCGGGGAAAAUAUGACGCUACAUUUUACGCAUAUUUACCCAACCCUGUGUCCAUAACUUGCUUUAGGCAUGUUUAUAGCCGGGAUUGUGAAAAACUGUCGAUUGUAAACGAUUAUUUUCAUAAAGUGACCCAAAUCUUGGCUGAUAAUUUUUGAAAAAAUGCUUCAUCGACAAUUGGGCGAGUAAAAUUUUAUUUAAACGAACUCUGUCUUGAGUUUGAAAGCUAUGCCUCCACUCGGGGAGGACCCUCGUACUGAACGAAACGCGAAUUAAAAACUGUAUAUACCGCCUAUUUGUUGCGUCGAUUUUCAAAAAAAGAGAAAAGUCGCACAUCACUUACGAAUCCCUAAUAUACUCUGGGAAAAUUUUGAGCAGAACCCUUCUUCAUUUUCCGAAUAAUUGCUUUUAAAAAAAUUAAUAAUAAUGCUGGUUUGUGUUGAUCCAAUCUUCCAACUCUAAAGGCCUACAAGUUAAUGAUCCAUUGACUAUUUCUAGCGAUCUGAAUUAUGUACUGACUACGUUGGUUGGGAAACCAUUAAGACCUAAAUAAUUACACAAAUUCAAGUAAAUUCAAUUAAAGCCCUUCCGCAUUCAGUAACAUCCGGUAACUCCUAUCUGAGUAACUUACCAGACUCUAAAAGGGACAUGUGCAUACUGGCUUUUAUAGUCCAGCGACGAAGGGGUAGGAGUAUGGCACAAGGACCACCCCUUUUAUGGGUGAAUCAAGUUUGAGCUCAAACAGCUCCUUCCGUUUUGGGCGUCAGGCUUUAAGUUGCCAUUUUCCCUUAUUCUUACGUUAGCCGGCGAGCAAGAAUAAGGCAGACAGGGGUCUUGGAGCACACGGGAUCAUGAAACCCUGAUUGUACGAGGUCCGGUAAAAAGGAAGUUUACUUGCUCUCUUGACGAAAAGCAUCAUCAAAUGGAAUGAACGAUCGCAAGCCUGCUACACCAGGGCCCACCGGGGGGUCUGACGGAAGACAGGCCUGCUGACAAGGAAAACAUAAAAACUAGCAUUUUGUUAAUUCUCGAACUGAAAUUCCUCGCCCGAAAAGGUCAUUUUCCAGAUGAAAUUUAGCGCUGGUGAAAAGGCGCAGACGGAGAGCGCGAUUGAACGUCAUUUGCAAAUUGUUACCCCUGGUUCAGGAGCGUGGGUGCCAAGCCUCCACGUGAUCUUUUCUCCCUUCCCCACAUGACUGGCACAGCGCCUGCAGCACGUGCGUUCUAGACAGUCUGUGUCAGACUGUCGACCCCGCGUACGUGGUCGCGAGCCAAUGAGUCCACGCAGGACGACAAAUCCCUUCUAGCUGAAUGACUUCAGAUUGAUAUUACGCAGUGAAGAACAUGCACAGUGAUUAGAGGAGGUAUUCAAUUUAGUCAAGGACGAGGGUGGAGAAGCAGUGGAAUGGACUGACGGUUGGAAGACGAGUUUUUGUCCUAUGGCAAUGUUGCUGAAUCAUCUUCGAUGGCCGAAGUUCGGCCGCCGAUGAAUAAAUUGGUCGUUGUUGCAGAGGGGCCACCCUGCUUCUCUGUGGGCAAACGGGGUUAAAAUAGGGCAUAUGAGGAAGAUCGGAAUUCUUCUGAUGAUGGCAAAUACUUCAGCCUCUGGCAGUAUUCAAAUAUGCUUCUGAAGAGAGGCAUAUUCAGAAUUCACGAGAACAAUUUUACUAUCCCACCAAAGCUAAGAGCACUGUGACCAACAAAUUUUUUCAAUAGAAAUCUUCUUAUUAGUUUGUGUCUUUGGGUGGACCCGGUAAACUGUGUGAGGAUAAAAAAGUUGCAUCUUUCGGAGAAAUAAGAUUACCAGACUACUAUGGUAAAGCAAAAUUUCUACUACACCGAGCCCAGUAAUCGAACCAAACAUUUCCAAGUGUAACUUCUGCAAAGGAGCUUCGUUGGUAAAGAACACGGCGAGAUUUAGUUCUGCAGUCCCACCUGAUUGGUACCAUACGGAUAGCUAACUAAAACAAUUUUAGUAGGUGCGAUCACACUGACUUUACAUAUAUCAUGUGUUUUCCUCCUCCUUACAAUUUUAGUCAAGCGAGUGACUGUGUCUCGGGGGAGUGCUUAUACGCCAGCCUCGGUAAUACCAGGUAUUAUUGUCGGUAAUAACACACUGCCUACAUCAUACGCCGCUGUGUGGCUGCUGGUUGGGCUCGAGAGAGAGCCCAUAAGGCACAACGGAACGAGUUAUUUCCGUAAGAAAGAUUGGCGAGCGCCCCCUACCAUUAUAUAUUCCCUAUCGAAACCGACAGGACAACGGGCCCGUGGCCCGGUGGUUAGAGACGUUGAACUUCUAACUAACAGGUCGCGAGUUCGAGCUCCAGGUGUUCCACACUUCGGGGUGGGGUAUGACUGGAUGACGAUGGCUAAUACACCAGAAAUGGCCAUUCCAGUCUCCGUUGUCUUUGUCGGUAAUAACAUACUAAGUUAGAUUUAUUAAUUAGGAUUGUUUUAGUUAGCUAAUCAAGUGGGACUGCAGGACCAGACCUCACUAAGAACACUUCUAACCGCCUUCAUCAUUCACGAUCAGGAUUUAUCACAACAGGAAUCAUUAUUUUCAAACCUCUCGUGACUAGUUCAAAGACGCUGUAUAUAGAAGAAUGAUUCAAUUUUCGGGGACGAGACCGUCAAAUAAACUAUCCGGCAGAAACUACCUCAUUUUAUUCCUUGCAUGGUGACAUGACAACUCGAGCGUCGCAAACGACGAAGUUCAGUGUGCUGCAGAGCGAGGUAGGUGUAGGAACGGUGAACUGAGUGUGAAAUAGCUUAUAGUUAUAUUAGACCUGAGCAGCAUCUACCUCACUAUUCCAAAGAGUUUAAAAAUACCGAGCGAACACGGCCGGUCGAAUAAUUCACCCGAAAGGGGAGCACAGGUGCAACCGACCCCCAUUGAGGUGGCGACAGGCAACACAGGAGGCCGCCUACAUUCACGGACAACGGCCAGAAGGCCAAGGCAGCGAAAGAAGUAAAAAUUCUAUCGGCCCAAGGCUAGCUAAUUCAGCUAUUUAUUCGAAAUUGUGGUCGAUUUUUUGCACAAAAACUUUGACAGUGGAGAAUUGGCCAAGCCCUCCGAGACGUCAGCCACUCGAUUCCACUGAUCCUGUAUGCUCUUCACAUUUCUUACAUCCAUUUUCCAACUGGAACGAUGUCAACAGGGAAUGCCAUAGAGGUCGCAUUCAGAAGGAUCCGUUGCAGCCCGACUCUCCAUCCUGAGGGGGUCGAGUUGCCCUGUCAUUUGGUAGCCUCCCAACGCGCUCUGAUAGCUUUGAGCGCGUCGGGUUGUUUAUAUAGUGGUGUCGCUGUGGCGUGUCGUGUGAUCACAGUCCCCAGAAUCGACUUCAUUAUUACUUCCUUAUCCAAGUCACUAGUUCGCUUUCCGAGCCCAUCAGCCAUCUGAUGCGGGGAUUGAGCGAAAGUGGCUAACAGAGCAGCAUAGCCCGUCUGCGCAUGCCACACACGACCUGAUCACCCCCUCAACACGCCGUAUGUGCACACAGAUGAGACGACCAGCUCGGACCUCACAUGCACGGGAAUGCCAUACCGCUCACCUUAAGAAGGGGUCAUUGGACCUGACUCGCAGCCCUCUAGCCAGUCACACUGCGCAAGCACACAUCCAGGGUUGACUGCGAGGUUUGAGUCGAAUUGUCAUUCGGCAACCUUCCAACCCACGACGUUCAGUGUGCCAUGAUAGUUUCAAGACCUUCAGACAUAAUAUAGUGAGGAAUGCGCUGAAAUGCCUUCUGAAUUGAGUUCCCCGAGUCGAUAUCGUCAAGAUCUUCCUUCUCCGCUGCACCAGUCGACAGUCCGAGCCGGUCAACCAAUUGAUGAUAUAAACUGGCAUAGUUGCUCACUUCGCUAUUUCAAAAGCGAAGAGGAAGGUUUCUUCAGCUCCGGUGAUGAGCGCCUUUUCAUGGCUGAACUUACUGCCAAGGUCAGGUCGGGGAUACAGUAUCGGCCCCAAUCCUAGUUGACCGAGUCAAAAAUUCGAAACAGGCGGUAAAAACGGAGCUAGCUUAACCGAUAUAUUCCAUAAAGUCUUCUCCAGGCUUGUCUUCAUUUUUAAUUUUUUAGAAGAAAUAUGAAGUGUUAACUGCCAUUAUGUUUCCUUUAUCGUCUAGGUGUCACAAGGAUAAGAGAGGCGCCAAUCACGAUACAUGCUUUAAGGAAAUACGACAACAGCCUCAGCCAUUUCAUGACCAACAGCGGCAUCAGCUGCUGCAGCAGCAACAGCAACCACUGCAACAACCUGAAGAAGAAGUGCUCAUUGAUAGGAUUUUCCGUUGCCCACACUGCAGUAAGACCUUCAAGCGUUCUUCCACACUGAGUACUCACCUCCUCAUCCACAGCGGGACUCGACCCUACCCUUGCGAGUACUGUGGCAAGCGCUUCCAUCAGAAGUCGGACAUGAAGAAGCACACAUACAUACACACAGGUAGGUGCCACAAAAGUCAGUUAAAACCAGAAUAUUUAGCUAAUCAACUACGAUUUGGAACCCACUUAGUUAAAAAAGGCAUCAUGACUAUUUUGUCGCAACGCACCUUUUCAUGUUCUAGUCGGCAUUUGCCAUGGACUGAGUACUCGGUGCUGAUAUGACAUUAUACACUUGUAUAUCAUGCGUUUCCACUUUUGUCUGGAAAGGGGAAAAGCCCUACAAGUGUGUCCUCUGCGGGAAGACCUUCAGCCAGUCCUCAAAUCUCAUUACCCACUCCCGAAAACACACUGGCUUCAAGCCCUUCUCGUGUACCUUCUGUUCACGAGCCUUCCAACGUAAAGUGGACCUCCGGCGACACACGGAAACCCAACAUGCGGAAUCUGCCGUUCUUCCCUCUAGCCAUGCACCACCUUCACGGCCUCCCCAUUGCAGAGAAGCCAUCACCUCUUCCAUCGGUGCCCUCCCUUCUCAACUCCCUCCACACCUCCCCCAGGGUCCCCUUCCUGAGUUUACGGCCCUUGAUUUGACCCGUUUUAUGCCUGAUUGUGGUCCCCUUGGAAUAAACCUACCCUCCUCACCUCAGUGUCAGGGCAAUACCCAUAUUUCACCCAUGUUUGCUAGUGAACUCCCCACUUCUCAAUUAGCCCCGGCCCAGCAUCAGUCGGACAGUACUGAGAUGUCUGAGGUGGGCGACGGCGAGUGGAGUGCUGCCUCGAGGACCCCGCCACCACCAGCCCCCCAAAAGUGUGCCAUCUCUUAUUCCAUUGAAAACAUCCUUUCUGAUUGUGACCACCGCAAACACCCACUUGAACCUGCCUUCACGGGUGUUUGA